GUGUUGUCUUGAACACAUGGUCUGUCUUGUGUUUACUGCGUGUCACCAGCCGUGGCAAAAAUAACGUAAAUGGUAGCUAGAUCACUAGCUAGCUGUUCAUCUAGCUACACACAAAAGGAUUGCUUUUUUUAUUCAGUUCAAUUGUUGUAUUAUUUCGCGUCAUUUUGUAGCUAGCGAAGUGAGCAGCAAAUCAAAUCCUCAUUCCUCGAUAGCUAGCCAGCCUGCUAACGUUUCCCAUUUGUGCUAGCUUGCUAACUAACUAGCUACAGACAGAACCAAUGCCAAUGUAACUGUCAUCGAUGCAUUAAACAUCUAGCGUUGUGUGACACAUUCAGGUACUGUAGUCCAUAUUCCCUCCUUUGUUUUGAUUUUGAUGCAAUGAGCGUGCUUUCCGUUGCUUGCAUGGAAUGAGAUUGAUCGGGUAUCGUUAGCCAGGUUGCAGGCAAGCUGCGGGUGGUCUGCUUACCACUGAUUUGUUUGCCGAGUUCGGUUAGGUAACGUUAAGUUAGCUAUCUGUUCAAUUGUUGAUUAACUGUAUAAUUUAUUUAUCUCUUGCUACCUAAUUUCUCUGGGAGACAUUCAUUGACUGCUGUCUUUAUUGUUAACAGAAUGGACAAACGUGCAUUGUUAUUUACAGAUCUCUCUCGCCCCCCCCCCCCCCCCCCCCCCCCCCCCCCAGUCUCUCUCUUCCAGCUCUCUCUCCCCUUCUCAGUCUCAGCACCAUGAGCCUGGUCCGCGUCGUGUGUCGUCACAAGACUGCCCUGGCCAUCGGAGGAGUGUGCCUCUUUGCUGUUGUCCUCCUUUUCCUCGCCAAGUGUACCUCAGAGACCCUAAAACAGGGCCAGGCCGACCCUCCAGGCCUAGCCCCCCACGCUGCCCACUCCCAGCCCCGCGCAGAGCACCCUGAGCUCCCCUCACGCCCCAAAGACCUCUCGGCCUUCCUGGUGGUCCUCAUCACCACAGGACCCAAGUACACCGAGCGCAGGAGCAUCAUCCGUAGUACCUGGCUGGCUAAGAAGGAUCCGGAGGUUCUAGCUAUGUUCGUGGUGGGAACCGAGGGUCUUCCCGCCGAGGACAUGCAGAACAUCAACACGGAGCAGGGCCGGCACAAAGACCUGCUCUUACUCCCCGCACUGCGAGACUCGUAUGAGAACCUGACCCUGAAGCUGCUGCAUAUGUACUCCUGGCUGGAUCACAACGUAGACUUCAAGUUUGUGUUAAAAGCGGACGAUGACACUUUCGCUCGUCUGGACCUAUUGAAGGUAUGCGUUUGAUAUGGAACGGGGCCAAAUGGCACCCUCUUCACUAUGUAGUCCACUACUUUUGACAAGGGUCCAUAGGGAACCUAUGUAGGGAAUAGGGUGCCAUUUGGGACAGGACCCUGGUAUUUGUUUCGUGAUGUGUUGUGAUUUUCUUUACUCUUUUUGACUUUUUUAAACGGUUCUAUAUUGUCUAAUAUGGAGCUUGUGCUGCCAAACAAAUGUAUGCGCAAACACUCAAUAACAUAUAAUCUCUUCUCAUCUUAUAGGAGGAGCUGAAGACUAAAGAACCCAGCCGGCUGUACUGGGGCUUCUUCUCAGGCCGCGGUCGCGUGAAGACGGCAGGGAAGUGGAGGGAGUCGGCCUGGGAGCUGUGUGACUACUACCUACCCUACGCCCUGGGUGGAGGCUACCUGCUCUCCUGCGACCUCGUACACUACAUCCGAAUCAACACGGCCUACCUCAAGGUGUGGCAGAGUGAGGACGUGUCACUGGGGGCGUGGCUGGCCCCUGUGGACGUCAAACGAACACACGACCCUCGGUUUGACACGGAGUACAAGUCUCGGGGGUGUAGUAAUAAGUACCUGGUGACCCACAAGCAGAGCCUGGAGGACAUGUUGGAGAAACAGCAGACGCUGCAGAGAGAUGGGAGGCUGUGUAAGGAAGAGGUUAAACUCAGACUGAGCUAUGUGUACGACUGGAGCGUCCCGCCCUCACAGUGCUGCCAGAGGAAGGACGGAAUACCCUGACCUAUAACCCCUAACCUUCCUCACUUUGUCCACCCAUGUAAUUCUCAUCAGUGUUUCCCCUACUACGGUUACCCAGGCGGUGUGGCGCUCCCCUUCAGCCUUACUCCGUUCUGUGGUGCCUCCCGCUCCACCUUCCCUGUAAAACAUUGUGCUGCCUUCAGUUGACCUCCAUAGAAGAUGUCUGUUAUGGCAGCCCGCCUAUGAGAAGACCUGAGGAAAACACUGAUCCCCCUUCCGUUUUUAUAU